CACCACGACGAGAGCAGCCACACGAUAUACGAGCUAAUCUCCAAGAGCAAGUACACGACAAAGUUCGCCCGGCUGGUCGACGACCAUCCCGGCGUGGUGGAGCUGCUCAACAGCACCGACAGCAACUACACCCUCUUUGUGCCGCUGGACAAGGCCUUUGACGACAUCCCCGACGACCACAAGAAGCCCAGCAAGAAGGUGGUCGAGGACGCGCUGCGCUACCACAUUGGCCUCGGCGAGUAUCCCGCCAAGAGGAUCCUGCACACCUACACGCUGCCGACCGCCCACGACGAGGAAUUGCUGGGCGGUGAACCGCAGCGCCUUCGUACCUCUGUUGGCCUUGGCGGCGUAAAGAUCAACUUCUACAGCAAGGUUGUCGCUGCUGACAUAGUUGCCAAGAAUGGUAUUAUCCAUGCCGUGAACCAUAUCCUAGUCCCGCCCCCUUAUCUCGGCCGAAUCAUCACGCUGUUCCCUGAUCGCUUCUCAACUCUGCUGUUGGCGUACGAGAAGACCGACUUUGUCAAGUUUAUUCAUGGCGUCAACUUGAAGGGUAGCACCGUUUUCGUCCCCACCAACCGGGCCUUUAAUUGGCUGGGUCCAAGAGCCAACGCCUUUCUGUUCAACACUAGCAAGGGUCGCAAGUAUCUCAAGGCCAUUCUCAAGUACAGCAUUGUGCCCAACGCCACACUGUACACUGAUGCAUUCUACGAUAAGAGAGACGACAAGGACGAGAAAUCCGACGUUGAGCCACUUUCGCACGAGACCUUUGAUCUGCCAACCCUGCUUGGCGAUGCGCACAUCAGCGUUGAUAUUGCCCGCGUUUUUGGCUUUGCCUCGAUCAAGGUGAAUGGCUAUUCCCGCGUGGUUGUGCCCAACGGCGUGGGGAAGAAUGGCGUUAUCCAGGUUGUCAACCGAGUUCCUAUCCCCCCACACAAAGGCCAUCGCCACCAUCAUUCCGAGGAGCAUGGUGAAAUUGAAGUCAGCGACUUGAUCAAAAGACUUGAGCCCUAUGUUUGA